AGGAGCUGAGGAUGGAGACCAAUGAGGACAAAUCCCUGUGGCAGAACCUCGUGGAAGAGGCUGUUUUGAGUGGCUCCCCGGUGCAGGAAUCCAAUGUGGAGGAAAAGCCGUGGAGAUCCCGCACAAGGGAGGGGCUGCAAACUCAGAUCACAGGGAUCCAAGGAGGAAAAACCCAGCCUGGGCCAGGGAGGUGGCCAGAGCUCAGAGCUGGGGGUCCAUGAGCAGCUUCAUGAUGGGGAGAAGCACCAAAAGUGCUUGAAAUAUGGGAAGAGCUUCAGCCAGAAAUGUGACCUGAUAUGCCACACAAGACUCCACACGGGGGAGAGGCCCUACGUAUGUGAGGAGUGUGGGAAAAGCUUCAGCCAAAGCUCCAACUUGAUUGUCCACCUGAGGAGCCACACUGGGGAGAGGCCCUACGAGUGUGAUAACUGCAAAAAGAGGUUUCCGAGCAGCUCCAGUCUCCUCAGGCACCAGCUCACUCACACAGAGGAGAGGCCCUUCCGCUGCCCUGAUUGCAGGAAGGGCUUCAAGUACAACUACACCCUCAUCACCCACCAGCACAUCCACACCCGGGAGAGGCUGUACAAGUGUCCCAAGUGUGGGAAGAGCUUCAGCCACAGCUCCCACCUAAUCUGCCACAGGAGACUCCACACCGGGGAACGUCCCUGUGAGUGUGGGGAGCAUGGGAGAAGCUUCUACCAGUGCUCCAACCUGAUCUACCACCUGAGGAUCCACACUAGAGAGAGGCCCUAUAAGUGUGAUAAGUGUGGGAAGGGGUUUCAGACCAGCUCUCAUCUUCUCAAGCACCAGCAGAUUCACAGGGAGGAGCGGCCCUUUUGCUGCCCUGACUGCGGGAUGGACUUCAAGCACAACUCCACCCUCAUCACCCACCGGCGCAUCCACACCAGGGAGAGGCACUACCAGUGUCCAGAAUGUGUGAAGACCUUUUCACAGAGCUCUACCUUGACGAGACACCAACGGAGCCACCACUAAGGGAAGCCCUGCAAGUGCCCUGCAUGUGGGAAGAGCUUCAUGCACUGCUCCGGCUCCAUCUCCCAUGGGCUCUGUGCUGCAUGAUCCCCAGUGCCCCCGGUGGGCAGAGCCCUGGUGAUCCAUGGUGCCAGUGAUCCGUGUUGGGAAGAUGUCGUUGUUAAGUCAGGAAUGGGAACAAAAGACUCCAGUCUUCAGAAGGUGAAAAUAAGGUGUUUAAUGGAGAAUUGUGUAUCUUUUAUAACCCAACUCGCUAAGCUAAGACUUGAUUGGUCUUAGAGUAAAAGCCUCUCAUACUAUUGGUGAACUAAGAAUAGCACAAUCUGGAAAAUCAUAUGUAUAAACAACAAGUGCAGAAAGAGAGAUAAUAAUUGUUUCAGUUCUUUUCUCUAAGCUUCCCAGGCUCAGCCUGGAAGAAAUUAUCUCAGUUCUUUCUUUGACUGAACAAAGAAUAUCCACAGAAAGACACCUGCCUGGGGGGCUGCACAUUCUCCUGGCUCCCCAUGGGCACCUGGACACAUCCACAGACCAACAUCAGAAAUCCAUCAUGAAGAGAGAUUUGUUGACUUCUGACCCCAGAAAAAUCUCACUUUUUCCGUCUUCUGGUGUCAUCAAGCAACACUGGAUGGCCUUGGAGGUCUUCUCCAACAUAAAUCCAUCCUGCCUGGCCCAUGGGCAUCUUCCACAGCCAAAUGAGGGUGGACUGGGGCAAAACACAUGUUUUUGAUAAACGGUGGGGUGGAAGCCCCUCCAGUAAAGGUUCUUACCACCCACCCAAGCAUGUGGAUGCACUGCUGACAGAGACACGUAAAUCCUUUUGUUUUGGCCUUGAAGUGAAAAGGUUUCCCUUUGAAAGCCCUGAAACUGGGGUAGAAAUAAAGAUGUUGAACUAA